AUGGCGCCGAUAAACACUCGACAGUACCACUCACUUGGCCCUUCCAUUCCUCACCCCCCAAAAGGGCCCCCUGCCACCCCGGUACCCGUGACAAAGUCCAUUUCCUCCAAGGUGUUUACCGAGCUCUUUGCGGGAACUCUGGGAAUCUUUGUGCUGGCGGUGCUGUUUUGGAAGACCGGCAAAUUCAUACGAUCCUUCAACAAGAAUAAGGUGCUGCGCGAAGGAAAAGCCCCGACGGCACGGUAUGCGCGGACCUGGUAUGGCUGGGUGUCGCUGGAGACGCACCAAAGAAACAAGAGGGUGUUUGGUGACCUCUUUGCUUGGGUUCGGCGAUGGACUGCGUGGAAGUCGACCAGAACAGACUAUCGUUGGGUCUGGUGGGACCCUGGUCAGAAGGAAAUGGAGAAGCGCCGCCGACAGCAACGACCUUUGAGAUGGUUACCCGAAUUACUUCAGAGUUAUGAAUUUCUAACCGCGGAUGAGAUCUGGAAUCCCACUGCAGUCCCUGAAUGUCACGGAGGACUGGUGGAACACAGCCGUGUCUACCACCCAGUUCAAGUCAAUGGGUGUUCACAGUCAUUACCUCCGACUGAUAUCGAUUCCGUGCCCCAAAGGCAGAUUGCAUCGACCAUGGAGACUGAUGAGACUGAUGAAAUUGGCCAGGAGACAUGGAAAAGACCUCGGGGUACAAGGGGCUGUCUUUCCGAUGACCCUGUAAAGGAAGGUCUGCAGCAUGGCACAAGAGUUCUCAGCAGAUUUCCACCGAAAUUGUCAACCAAAACUCAAUCACUGCCCUGUUUACAUCUUCCUCGUCGAUCAAGGCUCCACAGCUCAUGGCAACAGCCUGGAAAGCUUCAAGUCAUGGCGCAUCCAAAAUGCUCAUUGGGGCAGUAUGCCAAUCCGCAACCUGAAUGGAGAGUUGCACAAGAGCAAGUGGUCGAAGUAAGACCUCAUCAACCUCACACGGACAGAUAUCGAGCGUGGUCGGCACGGAUGCAGAUUGAGGCAAACAGACGAAUGCGUCGUGGUUUGGUGGAUUCCUCUGGUCCUCUUGGAACGCCCAUCGCGGAACUGUUGUCCAGUUGCGCAUCAGGGCAGAGUGUUGCCUUUGGGCUUGUUCCGCAACGUCGGAGAGACAACAACAGCGAUCCAAUGCGGAAUUUGGCUCAUAGAGGAUCCUUUCCAUUCAUACUUGCCAUUGAGCGACCAUCCCGACUCCCGAGCAAGGAUCGGACUGACUUUGCAAGAACCGCUUGGUAUUCGGCACCGGUACGGUGGCGCCUAUCGGAAGUAAACACAGCUUCAAGGGUGACGGGAGUGAAGGCUCAACGGAAUUUGAGAAACAUUUUCCCGACAAGUAUGGAUCAUGACGAUUUUGUGAGUUUAGGUGCUCCCAACACACAGUCGAACGCCUUAUCAUGCACGGCCGAAAGACCUCCGCUGCACACGAACCCGUUCGAAGAACUCAGCGACUGGGAGGUGAGACUGAUAGACAGGCUGGAUCGGAAACUGGUAUGGCUCUUCAAUGAAUUUACCCCUGGACAAAAGCCAUACCAUUUUGCAAUGCUCGCCAACCACUGGCUGAAUAGGAAGACCUGGAUUGUGAUCGACCCAGUCUCACGAGUCUCAACAGACGCCCGACGGGAGUGGGGAGAUUCUCGAUUUAAUGUCCCGUAUCGAAAGCCGGAAUUUGGCCCAAAGCCGAAGUAUCCCAAUCACCUACGGAAACGAGCACACACGCCGCGCAUCGAUUCCUGGCGAGCCGCGGUCAACCAGCAGAGAAAGGUGUCCGGGGUCCGUGAGAUGAUACGCACCGUAGAACUCUAUGAGAACUCGGUUGAGGAGCCGCCUGAUGGGAAAAUCGAUCCCAGCUGCUGGAUUCUGCCAAAGCCACCCCAGGGGUUCGAAAUGUCCACCAAGCAGAAAAAUGCCUGGUAUGAAGGAGGUUGCGGGUGGCAAGAGAAGCUUGAGGAUUGGCAGCACGUCUGUCGGGGAUACCGUGUUCGCAAAGCCAUUCACGAAGGCCGAGUGAAUCGCACCCGAGUGAAGGAGCUUGCCACACAAGCUGGCAAUUACUGUCGAACGGCAUGGCUUAAAGUAAUUCCCGACAUGGCGAUAGAACAGGUCCCGAGUCCGAUAUACCCCGUGCCUUGA